UUGUAUAGUCGCUAUUCUCGAUAUUUGCGAAUACUCAAUACGUCAUGUUGGUCAUGCGCACGUUCUCGCCGCGUUUAAUCGUUCCGGUUACUUUGAAUAUUAAAUAAUAAUAUACUAAUAUAUUAUGACUAUAAAUUACGUUUAUUCAGUUUAUUCAUUUAUUGUUUGUUCGACUGUGAAUCCAGUUUCGAGUAUCGACAUUUCAAGUAAACAUGAAUGGGUCAAAAAAUAUCAAAAAUGUAGAUAAUAAAGGUGUAUCAAAAAUUUACAAAAUAUUUGAAGAAAUAUAUUUGAAAGCACCUACUUUUUUAAAGGAUCUGUCAAACAAUUCUGUAUGUAUUGAUAAUACAGAUUCCAUACGAGAGCAAAUUGAUUUUAAGAAAAUUGAUACAAAAUUUAAAAAUGGAGAAUAUUGCCACAUUACUGAUGCAAUAAAAGAUAUAAGGACAGUAUUCUUAAACUGCUAUUCAUUUUAUGGCGCUAGAAGUAAUCAUACUAAACAAUCAUUAGAACUGGAAGAACUAUUAGAAGAAAAAAUUAGCUACCUUGAUGAAAAUUUUAAAUUACUGGCUGAUGUUAAUCUUACAUUAAAUUUGCUAAACAUGAAAGGAAAACCUAGUUCAAAAUUGAGAUAUCCAAAAGAUUGUUAUGAUUCAGUAUUAUUACGAAGUGUUUCACAUUGUCGCCCUGAACGAUUAAAAAAGUAUCAUAAAACAUUAUCUACUACUCUUACCACAGAUAAAGAUAAUGCACAUAUUUUAGAAAAAAUAUCAAGUUGGGAAAAUAAUGUUAAUUUUAAUUAUGUAUUUCAUCAAUAUAUAAGUUCAAUGUGGGAGCUACCAGAAAUAGGUAAUUUUCUGGCUAUUAUAUUUAAAAAACUUGAUCUUGAUAUUAUUAACCAAGGUGAAAUUGAAAGAAUGUUUUUAAUGCCUAAAGAAUCUACAACUAUGGAUAAAGUUAUGAGUACUCUUUUGGGUUCAUUCAAAACAACCAAGAGUAAGCAAUUAAUGCCAUAUAAGGUUUGGUCUAAAAAACUUUCAAAGAAAGUAUCAGAUUGGUGUAGAGUAUACCAUGCAAAUAACCAAAAUAAAGUCAUUGCACUGGAUUUACUGGGUAUCCAUCCAGAUUUUUGGACUGUUGUUAAUGAAAAAAAUCCUUUAAUUGAAAAAAACUACAGUGAACUCUCGUAUUUUAUAAAAGUUUGGCUUGUAAAAGGACUUUGUGAUUAUAUUACUAUUAAAUUUAAAACUAUCAAUGAUAUUGUAACCAAUUGUAAUGCAAGACAAUGUACAAUAUGGAAGAACGAUUUGGAAACUGAGGAAUAUUUCUUUUUUGAUUCAAUGCCAGAUUUAAGGAUAUAUUAUUAUAACAUUCCAUAUGAUGAACCAUGUCUUGAAUUUCUCGAAUCAGUAAAAACUGAUAAUGAAGUAGUAAAAUUUGAAGAUAAACUAACUAUGAGUGGUUUUUCUGAGGAUUUUCAUAUGAUACAAAAAAGAAAACAUUUUAAGCUUAUUGCUGAUUCGGUAGAAAGUCUUCGGGAUUUUGUUUAUGAAUUGAACACAGACGGAAAAUCAGUUCCUGAAAAUUUAAUAAGCUCUCUAGAGAAUUUUAUUGUUAAUAUUGAACCGGAAGAAUAUAAUUACAUUGCCAUGAACAAUGAUUCUAAAAUACAAUUAUUUAAGGACUGGUUAUCAUAUAUGGAUAAAGAUAAUAUAUCAGUUUCGGAAGAAAAAGAUUCUAAGUCAAUAGCUAAAACUAAAAAUGAAGAAUUAAUUAUUGCUGAGAAACGUCAAAGAAAAUUAAUUGUUCACCAAAAUGUUGAUACAAAUGAUUCUGAUGAAUAUGUUAGUGAAAAUGAUAAAUCCUUAUCUGAUUUUACUGAUUCCGAAGAUGAAUGGGGUGCUAUAAAUCAGCCUAAAUUUAAAGUCAAACAACCACAGCAGACACCUUCUAAACUUUUUUCUUGA